UCUGAGAUAGGGUUUAUAUCCUCCCUCGCUGUGUCACUGAAAAACCCAAACCUUUUCACUACUUUCUCUUCUCUAUUUGUUAAUGUCGGUUUAGUUAAGAGCAGAAAAACCUAACCCUAAUUUGCAUUUUCCUGAGUUCGUAGUAGCCACCGCCAUGUACCUCUACAGUCUCACUCUCCAACGCCCCACCGGCAUAGUCUGUGCCAUUAACGGCAAUUUCUCCGGCGGCAAGACCCAGGAAAUUGUCGUUGCCAGAGGCAAAGUUCUCGACCUUCUUCGCCCUGAUGACAACGGCAGGAUCCAAACCAUCCUCUCCGUCGAAAUCUUCGGCGCCAUUAGGUCCUUAGCUCAGUUCCGGCUAACCGGAGCUCAGAAGGACUACAUCGUCGUAGGUUCCGAUUCCGGUAGGAUCGUAAUCCUUGACUACAACAAGGAGAAAAACGUGUUCGAUAAAAUUCACCAAGAAACUUUCGGCAAAUCUGGUUGCCGCCGCAUCGUUCCGGGUCAGUACCUUGCCAUAGAUCCAAAAGGUAGGGCUGUAAUGAUUGGUGCUUGUGAGAAGCAGAAGCUUGUUUAUGUGUUGAAUAGGGACACUGCUGCUAGGUUAACUAUUUCUUCGCCUUUAGAAGCUCACAAGUCACACACUCUAGUUUAUUCCAUUUGCGGUGUUGAUUGUGGGUUUGAGAACCCUAUAUUUGCUGCCAUAGAGUUGGAUUACUCUGAGGCUGAUCAGGAUUCUACUGGCCAGGCUGCUAGUGAAGCUCAGAAGCAUUUGACUUUUUAUGAGCUUGAUUUAGGGCUCAACCAUGUUUCUAGGAAGUGGUCUGAACAGGUUGAUAAUGGCGCUAAUUUGCUUGUCACUGUUCCUGGGGGUGCUGACGGCCCUAGCGGCGUGCUUGUUUGUGCCGAAAAUUUUGUUAUUUAUAAGAAUCAGGGGCAACCUGAUGUUAGGGCUGUGAUUCCUAGGCGUGCUGACUUGCCUGCUGAGCGUGGAGUACUUAUUGUGUCGGCCGCUAUGCAUAAGCUGAAGUCCAUGUUCUUUUUCCUUCUGCAGACUGAGUAUGGAGAUAUUUUUAAGGUCACGUUGGAGCAUGAUGGUGACCGUGUCUCGGAAUUGAAGAUUAAGUAUUUUGAUACCAUCCCUGUUACGGCUUCCAUGUGUGUAUUGAAGUCUGGGUUCUUGUUUGCAGCCUCAGAGUUUGGAAAUCAUGCUCUGUAUCAGUUCAAGGCUAUAGGAGAUGACGACGAUGUGGAGGCGUCAUCUGCUACGCUGAUGGAAACUGAAGAAGGUUUUCAGCCGGUAUUUUUCCAGCCAAGGAGACUGAAAAACCUUGUUAGAAUUGACCAGGUUGAGAGUUUAAUGCCAAUAAUGGAUAUGAAGGUUAGUAAUAUCUUUGAAGAGGAAACUCCUCAAAUUUUCACUCUUUGCGGCCGUGGUCCGCGUUCGUCUUUGAGGAUUUUGAGGACUGGUUUAGCGGUUAGUGAGAUGGCAGUGUCAAAGCUUCCUGGUAUACCUAGUGCUGUUUGGACUGUGAAGAAGAAUGUCAUUGAUGAAUUUGAUGCAUAUAUUGUCGUGUCAUUCACAAACGCUACGCUUGUGCUUUCCAUUGGUGAGACAGUUGAAGAAGUCAGUGACAGUGGGUUUCUUGAUACAACUCCCUCCCUAGCUGUUUCUUUGAUAGGUGACGAUUCUCUCAUGCAGGUUCACCCUAAUGGUAUUAGACAUAUUAGGGAGGAUGGGCGUAUUAAUGAAUGGAGAACUCCUGGAAAGAGGACAAUUUCUAAAGUUGGAUCAAAUAGACUUCAGGUGGUUAUUGCAUUGAGUGGAGGGGAGCUUAUCUAUUUUGAAGUGGAUGUAACAGGUCAGUUGAUGGAAGUUGAGAAGCAUGAAAUGUCUGGAGAUGUUGCUUGUUUGGACAUUGCACCAGUACCUGAAGGCAGACAAAGAUCCCGUUUUCUUGCAGUUGGUUCAUAUGACAAGACCAUUCGUAUCUUGUCAUUGGAUCCUGAUGAUUGUAUGCAGGCCUUGAGUGUGCAAAGUGUCUCUUCAGCUCCAGAGUCUCUUCUUUUCCUUGAGGUUCAAGCAUCGAUUGGUGGUGAGGAUGGUGCAGAUCAUCCUGCUAGCCUUUUCUUGAAUGCUGGCUUGCAGAAUGGUGUUUUGUUCAGAACUGUGGUUGACAUGGUUACAGGUCAGCUUUCCGACUCUCGUUCCCGAUUCUUAGGGUUGAGAGCCCCAAAGCUCUUCCCCAUUAUUGUAAGGGGCAAGCGAGCAAUGUUGUGCUUAUCAAGUAGGCCAUGGCUUGGUUACAUUCACCAAGGACAUUUCCUUUUAACGCCCCUUUCAUAUGAAACCCUUGAAUAUGCUGCCUCGUUUUCAUCUGACCAGUGUGUGGAAGGUGUUGUUGCUGUUGCUGGUGAGGCACUAAGGAUUUUUACCAUUGAGAGAUUAGGAGAAACAUUUAAUGAGACUGUAAUCCCAUUAAGAUACACGCCAAGGAAGUUUGUGCUACAACCAAAACGGAAACUUCUGGUGAUGAUUGAGAGUGAUCAAGGAGCACUGACUGCAGAAGAACGUGAAGCUGCAAGGAAAGAAUGCUUUGAAGCUGCUCAGGCAGGGGAAAAUGGGAAUGGAAGUGCAGACCAGAUGGAAAAUGGUGGUGAGGAUGAGGAUAAAGAUGAUCCACUAUCUGAUGAACACUAUGGUUAUCCAAAGGCCGAGACAGAUAAGUGGGUUUCCUGCAUCAGGGUUCUUGAUCCAAGAACUGGAAACACAACUUGUCUUUUGGAGCUUCAGGAUAAUGAGGCUGCAUUCAGCGUAUGCACUGUAAAUUUCCAUGAUAAGGAAUACGGAACUCUUUUGGCUGUUGGCACAGCAAAAGGACUGCAAUUUUUUCCGAAAAUGAGUUUGACUGCUGGAUUUAUUCAUAUAUAUAGGUUUGUAGAGGAAGGGAGAUCUCUUGAACUUCUUCACAAGACUCAGGUUGAGGGUGUUCCUCUUGCUUUAUGUCAGUUCCAAGGAAGAUUACUUGCAGGAAUAGGGCCUGUGCUUAGACUCUAUGAUUUGGGGAAAAAACGAUUACUAAGAAAAUGUGAGAAUAAGUUAUUCCCCAACUCAAUCGUCUCUAUUCAUGCAUACCGUGAUAGAAUUUACGUGGGUGACAUCCAAGAGUCUUUCCAUUACUGCAAGUAUCGACGAGAUGAAAAUCAACUCUACAUAUUUGCCGAUGAUUGUGUUCCGAGAUGGCUCACUGCAUCAUACCACAUAGAUUUUGAUACCAUGGCCGGGGCAGACAAGUUUGGAAAUGUCUAUUUUGUGCGGUUGCCACAGGAUGUUUCAGAUGAGAUUGAAGAAGAUCCUACUGGUGGGAGGAUUAAAUGGGAACAGGGAAAGCUGAAUGGAGCUCCCAAUAAGGUGGAGGAGAUUGUACAAUUUCAUGUUGGUGAUGUGGUCAGUUGUUUGCAAAAGGCAUCUCUUAUACCAGGUGGUGGAGAGUGCAUUGUAUACGGAACAGUUAUGGGAAGUAUCGGGGCACUCCAUGCUUUUACUUCUCGUGACGAUGUUGAUUUCUUUUCUCAUUUGGAGAUGCAUUUGAGGCAGGAUCAUCCACCUUUGUGCGGAAGAGACCACAUGGCUUAUAGAUCUGCCUAUUUUCCUGUUAAGGAUGUAAUUGAUGGGGAUCUAUGCGAACAAUUCCCAACUUUGCCAAUGGACUUGCAAAAGAAAAUUGCUGAGGAAUUGGACAGAACCCCGGGUGAGAUAAUGAAGAAACUAGAGGAAAUAAGGAACAAGAUUAUUUAAGAGAUUAUCAUUUGGAAGGGUCGUAGAAUUGUGUUCUUUUCUAGUUUUGGAUCAUUUGCCCGUAGUCAGGUCACUAACAAAGUAACGAAAACUUGUGUUAUCUCAUUGAUACGUGUAGCAGUGAUUUCUUAAUGUUAAGAGGGAGGACUUGUAGUUGUAGAGUGUAUUAUGUAUUGUUGAGAAAUGAAAUUCAUAAGCUUAGUUUUGCAAUUUUCUGUUGUAAUUAAUUGCUAGUAAAUGUUUUCACUUUCAUUGUGGUUGUGAUAACGCGUAACAUAUCCCAGCAUCCAUAUUCAACCUUCAA